AUGAAUCGCCGACUAAACGAAAAUCAUAUUGCGCAAAUUAUAAACGAUUUUAGUGACUCGGAAAGCGAAGGCAUAGGAGACACGACUCAAGAGAACAUUUUGGAAGAAGUAGGUGAUAUAAGUGACUGUGAAUCAAUACAUAGCGAACAUAAUUCAGCGUCUGAAAUAGAGGAAAGCGAUGAGUCUUCCGCCGCUGAGUCCGCAGAAGAUACAACCAGUAAUAGUUUUUACGGUAAAAACCGGUUCAAAUGGAGCAAAACUCCUCCACAUUCAUCUCGUAUUAGACAGCACAACAUUAUCGAAGAGCGCGCGGGUUUGAAAGGGCCUGCUCUUUCUAAGAAUGAAAUGGCACCAAUAGAAACAUGGGAACUAUUGCUUACUGAUGAUAUAAUCCAACUUAUAGUGCAGUAUACUAAUCAAAAGCUAGAAGCUAAAUAUAUUUCACCACUGAUACGACCUUACUAUGCCAAAAACAUAGAUAGUUGUGAGUUGCGAGCUUAUUUUGGAUUACUUUUACUUACUGCAAUUUUCAAGUCAAAUCACGAAGAUGUUAGAUCAUUAUGGGCAUCUGAUUACACUGGUAGAGACAUAUUUCGUGGCGUAAUGGGAUUGAACAGAUUUUUGUUCAUUCAUUUCAAUAUCACAUUUGAUGACCUUAGCACACGGGAACAAAGGAAGUCCACUGACAAACUGGCUUUGAUAAGCGAAAUGUUUGAUAAAUUUAUCCAAAACUGCAGUAACAACUAUACUUGCUCGGAAUAUUUAUGUAUAGAUGAAAUGUUGGUGAAAUUUCGUGGUAGAUGCUCGUUCAGGAGCAAAAGCAAGCCUGGAAAAUAUGGGCUGAAAGUUCAAUGCAUGUGUGAUGCAAAAACCCACUACUUGUACAACGCUUUUAUAAACACAGGAAAGCCUCUAAUACAAAGAAAUUCUUCACAAUCCGUACCAACUCAGGAUGUUUUGAAGUUGACUGAACCGGUGUAUGGAUCAAAUAGAAAUAUCACUGGAGAUAGUUGGUUCACUUCGAUUGAACUAGUGGAUCUUCUCUUACAAAAAGGACUCACAUAUGUUGGCACCGUACGAAAAAAUAAACGAGAAAUCCACGUGAGUUUCUCCCUAAUAAGACAAGGCCCGUGGAAUCUUCCUUAUUUGGAUUUGUACGUGACAAAACAUUGGUAUCACACGUACCAAAAAAGAACAAGAGUGUAG